AUGUCACGUUUGACCAAGAACUAUUAUUACAUCACAGAUAUCGCAGAGCUCUAUAGAGUAUCGUGUGAGAUUAUUAGCAGGGAUAUCUCACACUUGACCAAUUACUCAAAACACUUGACUACGUUUAAUAAAAUGUGUCCAGGUGAUCAGUUGGCACUCAUAAAGUACGGGUCUCUGGAGGUUCUUAUUCUUAGGAUUCAGACAGCUCAUUUGUGAUUAAACUGGAUAUAUUAAAACCUGAGAAACGC